UAGGUUUAACCGGUUUCUUCUUUUCUUUGGAUUUUCUGGUGACAACCACUUUUCUUUUAAUGUCCUUAAACUAUUGAUUUAUAUUAGUUCUUUUAUUUUAUUUUAUUAGCGUGUGAAAAUAAUCGCUUGUUUUUUAGUAUUUUUACGUAUCUAAUAUUAUAGUACUUUAUCGAUCAAAAAAAUAAACCCAAAAAAUUACCUAAUAAUGAGAUUAAUGAAAACUUAUAUAAAUUCUAGUACAAUUAUAUUAUCAUUUUUACUAUGUGUGUUUAAUGCUUCAGAAUCUUUACUUGUUGGUAUAGCAAAUUUAAGACAAGAAACAAAACCGAACUCAACAAAAAUAAUAUUUUUGGUAGAAUUGGUCAAAAUCGUCGUAUCGAUUAUAUUACUUUCAAUAGAAUUAGGAUGUUUUUCAGGAGGAAUAUCACAGGAAACAGCAUUUUCACAAUAUCGAAAGUCCAAUUCAAUAAUC